AAUGACCAAAGUGAUUUGGGACGAUGGAGCGUCGAUGAGGGAGGGUGACGUUGGCUCCAAGCCACAUUCGAUGUGGGAGAAUGGGAGGGCUUUGUGGGCUCCGAGGCGUGGGUACUCUCCGGGGAUUAGGGUGCCCCCAGACUGAUGUGGCGUGCGGCUUAUCCGCGAUCGCGGUCAGAUCGGUCUGCUUCUGUGCCUCGAUCCAGGGAGGAGGGGCCGAUGCGCACACGACGGCGGUGGAUCGUGUCCGGUCUCACCGAGAAGAACCAGGCAGGAUGCUAAGACUUGUCGAUCAUGUCAGCCCCAUCAUGUAACGAAGAUGACUCCGGCACUAUGAGCUCCAUGUGAAGAUGAGAGACUGAUGGAACUGCAAACAAGCAGGUCUUAAUGUGGUGGCUUAUCAUCUUCCACCAUUAGUUUGGUGCAGGUUCUGUGAAGAUGAGUACUCACGAAGGACCGUCAAGUUGCUCUCCGCAGCUUCUCAGACGCAACUCGGAGGGAAGCUGGUCAACGCUCCGAUCACACGGAGAGAGAUGAGCGCAUCCUCCGGUAUGUUGUUGAACGCAUGGCGCUGCCAGUGACUGCCAUCACCUCAUAUCAACAGGUGUAAGGAAGCUCUCCAUGUUGCUUUAAUGAUUGGUGAACCGAUUUCUUUCUUUGAAGGCGUCUUGCGGUUGAUUGUUUGGGUACCAUCUCCACGAAGAUGCAGAUGGAACCUCUCUGAUAUGAAGAUGAAGAGGAGAAGCAUUCUUCAUCUUAUGCUACGAUAACUCAAAUUGUAAGGUUAGAUUGUCAAUAUUUUCAAAAAAGAAGCAUUAAAUAUUAUGCCCACGCAUCUCUGACUCUUUCUCUCAUUGAUUUGUUGGAUCGAGUUGAUCAUUCACAGAUUCUUCACAGCUCCACGGCAUUGUCAUAAUCUACCAAAGGUUAGCUUCUUAGAAGAUGUCAUCAAUGGAUCAUAACAGAGAAAAGAUUUGAAAGGUCUACUGUGAAAGAUCGGAGAAAGAGCGAGAGAUCUUGGUGUACUAAUAGCAGUAUCAGAGCCAUCUUCACCUCCACAAACCUCAUCUCUGGGAACAACCAGGGCCAAGGAUAUGUACACGACGAGGCCGCUCUCCGUCUUCAAGAACUCUGCUGGUGCUGCCGCUAUUCAACCACCACCACCGGCAGGGCCCAACUCAGGCUAUCUGCUUCUCCAGGACGAGGGAGCUGAACCAAACCCCUCAUGCUGCUGGGGGCUCUGUGAAGACACGAGGGUUCGAGAGCUCCCCUUCCCUCAGAACAGGAUCCUCACCAUCACCUACACGGAGCACAAUGGCCAGAGCUCUACCACCCACCGGUUCCCGGCCCUGUUCAUCCCCGUCCUCUACAAAUCGUUCUCCUCCAAUCACUACUACGUCAUCGUCGCAAAGGGCAAAAAGAAAGGGAAAGCGUAUACAUGCUCCCUGGAGGAAGAUAUGACCACAUGCUGCUUCUGCCAGUGCGUCAACGAUGUCAAGCCGAGAGAGUUCGAUCACAGGGACAUCUACCAGCAGGUGGAGAUCGUCUGCAAGAGAGGCAGGUUCACCGCGCAGUCCGUAGCUCCGGAUGGGUUCGCUCCAUGGCCCCUGAGGAGAAAGGACUGGAGGCUUUAUGCUUCGAAGCCAACGGACUUCGACUUGACCGACGCCUGGGGGCUCGACAAAGCCCUUCGCGCCCGCACGCCGGCGUUGGAGUUGCCGAUAUCGGGCGCAGGUGGUGCCAGUUUGGUCGUGGGGAGGUGGUACGCCCCCUGCGUGUUCGUGAAGGAAGGAGAUAGCCUGCGGCGUCAAAUGGAGCGCUCGGCUUUCUACGAUAUCACCCUCGAGCAGCGCUGGGAACAGGUGUUCGCGUGCGAGAACUUGUAUGGCGAUCGGAGGACCGUGGAAGUGAAGGCUACUGUUCGGGCGGUGGGCGCGGUGUUGGGUGGCGUGGAGGCGACUCGAGACGGCGCAGGUGGACAGGACGGCGUGGUGUGGUUCAAGCCGCUUGAUUUGGAGGGAGAGAGGGUGGGGCUGAGCUCCCCGGUAUGGGAGAGAAUGAGGUGGGAGCAGGGGAGGUGUGGGUGGGUCGGCGGUGAUGUGAAGGUGGAGAGGUCGGAGGAGUACGGAGGGGUGAGCCCGUGGAAGAGAUUUGGGUGCUACGUGUUGGUGGAGAGGUUUGUGGUUGGGAGGAUGGAUGGAAGCUCGGCCUUGAUCGUUGACUUCAAGCACAAGGGUACGAUUCAAACCAAGUGGGAAUGAUGGCGUUGCCGGCGUUCUGUUGGUCGCCGUACUCUUACUUCAUGCUCGCCAUUUGUGCCUUUUUCAUAAUGUUUUCGUACUAGCGCUAGUGCUUGUGAUGGUUGCCAUUUGUCUUUUUCUUUCGGAUGAACUUUGAUUGACCUUAAUUUUAAUACCUUGAUUUAAUCCCAUAUCAGAAUUAAGUGA